GGAUAACGAGAAGCGAAAAGGAAAGGAAAUACCGAAGACAGCACAUGUUGAUAAGGUGACGAACGUGCAUACUAACUGUUCGACGAAAUUCCUCUCCGAAACUAAUAGUCGAAAGAGAUGAUACCGAAGCCAAUACGCGUGAUGGGCAAGACAGCUGCCGUUAUCUUCGGCGGAUUACUCACUCUCAACGUGGUUUCUUCAAUGGCGCUUGGUGGGUUAAGGUUUGUGGUGGAAGGAAAGCGGAAAAAGGCAGCGUCGGCUUGUGGGGUUUGUAGAGGAAAAGGGUUUUAUAUAUGUAAGCUGUGCGGAGGAAAUGCGAGCAUAAAGUGGUCGCCAUUAUAUGAUCCUGUGUGUAUCAACCCCUGUGUUUGCCCUACUUGCGAUGGCAACAGGGUGCAACGCUGCCUCAACUGUCUAGGGCGGGGAUACUAUUGAUCUGCAGGAGACAGAAUGCAGUAAUAAUAAAAAAUCAUUAUUAAAAUUAUUUAAGUCAUAUUGUAAUAAUUUAAAUUAUUUUUAUGUAUUUAUUGAAUAUAAAUAUUAGUUUGAAAUUGGUAUUAUUUAAUAUGGGAAUUGGACUACUUUAAUCAAA